UCCUCUCGUCAACUCGCCGUGGUCUUGUUUUGCGUCUGGCUUUUCUUGACUGCCUUCGCUCAAACUCAUAGAUAAUUGAAUACACAGUACGCUGUCUUCUCAACACUGCCCGCCAAUACUGGCAACGUCCACGAACGGCGACGACACAUGACCUCCUCUUCCUCCUCCUCGAGCUCUUCCUCCACGGAAGAUCGCGUGGACUUUGCUGAGCGCAUAUCCAAGGCGCGAUUGGAUUACUCAAACCUACCAGAGCAGUUAUGCCCGUCCUCGCGUCCAGCAUCGCCUCAAGUCAGUUCACGAGCAGAGGACCUCAAGCAAGCGAUCAUGGACGCGGUCACGAUGGCCAACAGCAACCCCACCCACCCAAAGUGGAGUCAUCUGACACAUAUGGUCAGGCUUCACUGCACGCGGAGAGGCUACGUCGGCGCAGGGGAAGGAGUCAGGAUCGGGGAUGUGCAGAAGGCGGAUAUCCCGUCGGUCGAAUGGCGGUGGGGUAGGAAGUUCAACUCCCGUGAUCGUACAUCGAAGUAUUUCCAGCCUGGCGAGGAGGAGGACCUAGAGGAUCCUGUCCGCACGCCUGCCAAGAAGGCUGAUAUCAUCAGGGAGAAAGUCAAAACAUGGCAGGCAAACGUUGUUUCCGUGGAAGAUGAUCAGCCACCAAUUCAACAAGAUGAACCGUCAAUGUCGACAACCGCAGUGAACAAGGGCAAACUCAAGGAUAUGGCCAGCCAGGGCACUCUGUCACAAGGCUCCUCGGUCACGACGAAGAAACCAGGCAAGGACAGUCGCAAGGCUGCCCUCGCUGCUGCAGACCCACCCGACGCUCGCCAAUCUCCGCGGACGUGCGGAUUAGCUUCAGCUCCUGUGGUUGAGUUGCAGCCAUCUGCGCCGAUCAGUUCUGAAUCGAAUGCCGUGAUCACCGAAGUUUCUGAGAUGUCAUUUCUUCCACCAUCCUUCCCGUCUCAGCUGAGGACGUCCACUCCCCCAUUAGAUAAGGCGAAGGCGAAACCUCCGCCAAUCAUGCCAUCUUCCCCUCUCUCGCCGCCCCCUCCUACUCAACACAUCACACUACCUGGUAUUUCUGACCAGUCCUCACCCGUCCACAGGGCACAGAAGCGCGGUCGGAGUAACUCUCCACGACAUAGCGAUGCGAUGGAUAUAUCAGCUGAAUUGCGCCAAAGUCCUCCUAACAAGAAGGCUCGCACGACUGCACCAGAUAGUAGUUCAAGCGCGCCGAUUCCACCUCCUUCGACCCCACCUCCGCCUGCAUCUUCCGCGAGCAACGAUGCAGUCUCGCCUGUCAGGAACUAUGGAUUAGGUAACGCUCAAGGGCUUCCUAUAGAAACUCCCACAACGCCAGAGCGUCAAGCCCUUCCAACCCUCACGGACCUCCUCGCGUCGUCGCGCCGAUCGAAAGCACGUCCGCGGCCCCCUCGCGGAAGACGAAGUCCGCCCAUCACGCCGCGAAGGGACCACAAACUUCCCGCAGCAGACGCACUGGACGCAGACGCAGAUGCAGGCACGGACCGGGAGGCCUCUCCCGCGCGGACGUACUUCUCCUCGCCCGCCUCAGGAUCGUCCUCCUCCUCGCCGCGCUUCCGCCCCCGCUCGCCCGUCUCGCCCCUGUUCUCGCAGAACCCGGGCGCGUUCGCCCCCGCGUUCGUGUCUUCGCAGCCGGGCGGCUUCCUCGGCUACGGCAACUCGCAGAUGCCCCUCCACGGCGGCGCGCCGGUCACGCGCGCGGGCAGCGGGGUGUUCGGGCUGGGGUACAACUCGCAGUUCGACGUGGAGGGCGGGGUCAGCAGGGCCGCGGAGCUGUUGGACCGCGAUGUGGAUUAUGCGGAUUGGCUGCGGGAUAUACCCGAGGUUGAAGACGAGGCUGCGGCGGUGAAGCAGAGCCAGGACGGAGUCGCGGUGUGAACUUACUUUGACGUGGGGAUGGACGACGGCGUGCUGGACCAUGUGCGCGUGCGUGCGCUACGCUGAGGAUUCUGUUCUCGAGUGUACGGAUGUUGAGUUGGGGUAUCGCGAAUGACAUACGCGAGCGGGACUACUCCCACACGAAUCGCUGUUAUGAUGGAACGUCUCGAAGCGAGUAUGCAUGGAGGAAUCGCGUGUCCACAGUGGUACUCGCCAGGGUCUGUUACGACAGAAAGAGCAGAUGACUUCUUUGCAUC